AUGGACCUCUCGGCCCUCAACUCCUCCCUCCCUCCUGGCCUUGCCGACGCAGAGCGUGAUAUGGGAGACAAGUUCAGAGCUGCUGCGCUGAGCAUCACCACGCUAUACAAGAGCUCGCUGGCACUCAACAAGCAUGCCUACCAGGUCGGAUACUCUGCUGCACUUGCCGAUGUACUCUCCAAGCUCCAGUCGGACAUUGCUGCGGGCGAGGACGCCGCUUCAGCGCUUGCGCGUUUGAUGGACUGGACCGAGGCUCGCCAGACUGCUAUGGCUGCGUUUGCCGCCGAUGAUGAAGAACAGCCUGGAACAGCCCAGCGCCCAGCUACAUCCAGGCGCAGCCCCUGUCCCACAUUGCCGCUACGCCGCAACCUCGGUUCCCGCGCUGCCUCGUCAUCGACCACACUCCUGCCCACGUCCACAUUCAACUUUUCCAUCCCCACCACACUCGAGAUUCCGCCGCAAUCGGGCCCCGCACAGACAGGUCCCAUCGGCAGCAAGCGACCCAUCAUCGACGCCGAAAUGGCAGACGGCACCAUCAACGUUGGCGCGGCGCCGUCGACUCCCAGCCGGUCGGGCGGCCGCGCGUCCAAGCGCCGCAGCCUCGGCCUUGGCCUUGGCAUGGCUGAUCAGGAGGAGAAGGAGCCACGCAGCGCUGACCGUCGUCGCCAGCCGCGGCGCGGAGGACACGGGGCCAGUGGAGGUGGCGUGCAACGUGCCUCUAGCCCCCUGUGA